AUGCCGACUUUUAAUCGUGUCCUCAUCUCUAUCAUCGCCAUUGCGGGCGCUGGUAGCGUCUCGGCUAUCCCGUAUAAUACAUUUGACGGCGAAGGCUUUCCCGCUUGCAACGAUGUCGCCCUCAUCCACAAUGCCACUAGUGUUGAUGACAUCGUCCAGAUAGUGAAGAAUGCUUCUGCCAAUGGAACACCUGUAAGGGCGUCAGGGAAGGGCCAUAUGUGGUACAAUACUAUGUGUUCAGAUAACCCAGACACGAUCAUCAUCCGCACGGAAAACGUAAACAAGAUCUCAAAUCUAGUACUCGAGGAGGGUGCCGAGACCGGGACGGUGGAUAUAGAGGCUGGUGUGACGUUCCUUCAGCUGGCCGAAUAUCUCCACAACAACAGUGCAUCCAUGGGGUAUACAUUAGUUAAUUGGAAUAUCACCAUGGCCGGUGCGGUAGCGAUGGGCGGACAUCGGUCUGCUGUCCGAGAGGAUUCAAUGGUCGCGGCUGGCGUGCUGUCACUAGAUAUUGUCAAUGGAAACGGAGAUAUUGUAACAGUUGCACGCGACGAGACUAAUGACGACUGGCUUGCUGCUUCGACAUCAUUAGGUCUGUUGGGAGUCAUCGUUCGCAUGAAGUUCAAGAUCUACCCGGACUUCAAGGUCUUUGCGAAGCAAGAGACCCUAGAUGAAGAUGACGUACUGAAUGGCGAUAUUUACGGUUUGAUCGCUCCUUAUGCUACAGCCAACUUUUGGUGGUGGCCGUACAUGAAGAAGUUCCAUUGGCGAUACUACGACAAGGUCCCGCUCACUCUCAGCACUCAGGAAGGAUUCCAGAAUACCUUCUCUCUCACCGACACCGAGGCCUUUGUCGCGAAAUCCACUUUAGAGAGCGGGAAGUAUUUGGCAACCUCGAACAUGUUCUUCGAAACUACUGCUUUCGGUCUUUGGUCCGCCCCCAACUUUCGCGACAAGAUAACUCAGAAGACGAUCACGGAAUGGCCCAUUUACGGCUGGAACUACGACGUUUUAAUUGGAGGUCUCUAUCCUGAUCAGAAACCUGAGUGGGAGUAUGGCCUGCACGGCUCUACUCUUGAGUUAGCGUUCCCUAUCACACUGGCUAAUAAGAUGCUUAAGCGCGUACGACAAGCAUUUGACGACGAGGCUAAGAAGGGUAUUAUCAUGACGAGCACUUACCGCAGCGGCAUUAACAUCAAAUUUGGGAAACCUUAUUAUGAUUUGUUGGGCCAGGUCACGUACAACACGUCCGACGGGGCCGACUGGACCAAGGGCGCUAUCAUGUUCGAUUUCCCGUCGUUUAAGCCCACCGUCGGCGAUGGAAAGCGUUUCAACGAAGAUUUCUACCCUAAAUUGGCCAAGACGCUCAUCGAUGAAUUCCCAGCCAGGCCCCAUUGGACAAAGAACACGCGCGAGGUUUUUGGUAACGCCACGCAGAAUCUGGACCCGGAUCACCUCAAGAGAUUCAAGGCCGUACGGGAGAAGUUCGAUCCGAAGGGCAUAUUCAAGAGUGUUGUUGGAGAGAUCUUGGGCUUUUAUGACUAA